CCGGUCUGUCUGGAUUCUUUUGCGAGCUAGGGAGAGACAAGGCUUGACACGAAUUCAGCCAUAUUCGGCUUCAUAGUGAGCCACACCGGCUACUGGUGGAAGCUAGCAAGGAAAAAGGAUUAACCUACAAAAAGACAGCCGCACCUCGAUUUUGGUGGACAUUCCUCGUCUGUGGUGUGGAAGAACAUAAUAUUAGGCAUGUAAACGAACAGAUAAUCCGACCGAGAGAAUGGACGACCGGUCAUCCUGAGAUUCGACGGGGGAAAGCCCGACAUCCCAUUUUCUAAGUGGGAAGUACAGAUUUGUCGGGAUUAAAGCAAAUGGGACCCAGUGGGCCUCUAGUCUGAGUUAAGGGAAGACGGUGGCGACGCUAAAAACAAGGAAAAACUGUCGAAAACAGCAUUUCUAACACAAAAUGUCGGUCUUAUUUUUAUAGCUAGCUAGCUACACGGCUAGCUAGCAAGUUGGAGUCUGGAACUACAGUGCUCCAAAAAUAAUAAAUCUUUACUUUUUCGGUUGCUCCUGAAAGGGGGCUAGAUUAGAUAUAUUGUUCGGAACAACCUCGGGUGCGAUCCUUCGUCGAAGGGAGUGGUAGCCAAGCUAGUUUAAUUGAUAGGAAAAAUGUCAGCUAAGGUGCGCCUGAAGAAGUUGGAGCAAUUGCUCGUGGACGGAACCCAAAAGAAUGCAAGUUCACUGAGCGUAGAGACACUUCUGGAUAUAUUGAUAUGUUUGUACAACGAAUGCAGCAACUCUCCCCUAAAACGGGAGAAGCACGUGACAGAUUUUCUGGAAUGGGUGAAACCGUUCACCACCACUGUGAAGGAGAUGCGUCUUCACCGGGAUGACUUCGAGAUGCUCAAGGUCAUCGGCAGAGGGGCGUUCGGCGAGGUUGCGGUUGUGAAGAUGAAGAAUACGGAACGCGUGUACGCCAUGAAGAUCCUGAACAAGUGGGAGAUGCUGAAGAGAGCGGAGACGGCGUGUUUCCGCGAGGAGAGGAACGUCCUGGUGAACGGAGACUGUCAGUGGAUCACCACACUCCACUACGCCUUCCAGGACGACAACUUCUUGUACCUUGUGAUGGACUACUAUGUGGGCGGUGACCUCUUGACCCUGCUCAGUAAGUUUGAGGACCGUCUGCCGGAGGACAUGUCCAAGUUCUAUGUGGCUGAGAUGGUGCUGGCCAUCCACUCUAUACACCAGCAACACUACGUGCACAGAGACAUCAAGCCAGACAACGUGCUACUGGACAUGAACGGUCACAUCCGUCUGGCCGACUUCGGCUCCUGCCUGAAGAUGAUGCAGGACGGCACGGUCCAGUCGUCUGUGGCUGUGGGCACUCCAGACUACAUUUCUCCUGAGAUCCUGCAGGCCAUGGAGGACGGCAUGGGGAAGUACGGGCCGGAAUGUGACUGGUGGUCCCUUGGCGUCUGCAUGUACGAGAUGCUCUAUGGCGAGACCCCGUUCUACGCCGAGUCGCUGGUGGAGACCUACGGCAAGAUCAUGAACCACGAGGAGCGUUUCCAGUUUCCCUCCAACAUUAGUGAUGUGUCGGAGGAUGCCAAAGACUUGAUCUCGCGCCUCAUCUGUAGCCGUGAGCGCCGCCUGGGGCAGAAUGGCAUCGGUGACUUCAAGGACCACCCUUUCUUUGCCGGAAUAGACUGGGAACACAUCCGCUCCACCGAGGCUCCCUACAUCCCUGACGUCAGCUCUCCUUCUGACACCUCCAACUUCGAUGUGGAUGACGACAUUCUCAAAAACCCGGACAUCGCCCCUCCUGUCUCACACACAGGCUUCACCGGCCAGCACCUCCCCUUUGUGGGCUUCACCUACACCACGGACAGCUGCUUUUCGGAUGGCGGCAGCGUCAGCAGAGCUGGCCUGUCCGACGGGGGUUCCCUGGAGGGGGCGGACGAGGGGGACACGCGGGACCAGGAGAGUGGCCUGGAGGUGGAGGCCUUUGAGAGGAGGAUCCGUCGGUUGGAGCAGGAGAAGCAGGAGUUGAGCCGCAAACUGCAGGAAUCCACCCAGGCCGUGCAGUCGCUACCCAGCACCCUGGGCCGAGACAAGGAGACGAAGAAGCUCAACGAAGAGAUCGACCGGCUCAAGAAGAAACUGGCAGACUCUGAUAGGCUGGAGCAUCAGCUGGAGGAGGCGGUGACACUGCGCCAGGACUACGAAAGCUCCGCCUCCAAGCUGAAGGCCCUGGACAAGCAGGUCAAAGCUCUGAGGCAGGAGAAGGAGGAUAUCCACAAGCAAUUGGUGGAGUCCUUGGAACGCCUCAAGUCCCAGACCAAGGAGCUGAAGGAGGCGCACAGCCAGCGGAAGUUGGCCUUGCAGGAGUUCUCUGAGUUGAGUGAGCGCAUGGCGGACCUGCGCUCCACCAAGCAACGCCUUUCACGCCAGCUCCGCGACAAGGAGGAGGAGAUGGACGCGGCUGUGCAGAAGGUGGAUGCCAUGCGCCAGGACAUCCGAAAAACCGAGAAAGCCCGCAAGGAGUUGGAGGCCCAGUUAGAAGACGCCAAGGCGGAGGCGUGUAAGGAGCGUAAGCUGCGCGAACACAGCGAGGUCUACUCCAAACAGCUGGAGAUGGAGCUGGAGACGCUGAAGGUCAAGCAGCAGGGUAGCGGGCGUGGUGGAGGGGGCAGCAGCCCCGAGCUGCAACAGGAAUUGUCCAAGAUGAAGUCCGAGCUGGACAAGAAGGUGCUGUUCUACGAGGAGGAGUUGGUCCGCCGCGAGGCCUCGCACACCAGCGAGCUCAAGGGCCUCCGGAAGGAGCUCCAUGACUCUGAGGGGCAGCAGCUGUCGCUCCACAAGGAGCUGCUUGUGCUGAAGGACAAGCUGGAGAAGGCAAAGAGAGAGAGGCAAACCGAGAUGGACGAGGCCGUGGGCGCUCUAAAAGACAAGUCCGACCGUGACCGCAGCAUGCUGACCGAGGAGAACCGAAAGCUCACAGCAGAGACGGAACGGCUUUACACGUUUGUGGACAAGCUGACCAGUCAGAACCGGCAGUUGGAGGACGAGCUGCAGGACCUGGCCUCUAAGAAGGAGAGCGUGGCUCACUGGGAGGCCCAGAUCGCUGAGAUCAUCCAGUGGGUGAGUGAUGAGAAAGAUGCCCGCGGUUACCUACAGGCCCUGGCCUCCAAGAUGACGGAGGAGCUGGAGUCCCUACGUAGCUCCAGCCUGGGCUCCAGAACCCUGGACCCCCUGUGGAAGGUGCGUCGCAGCCAGAAGCUGGACAUGUCGGCCCGCCUAGAGCUGCAGUCGGCACUGGACGCCGAGAUCCGUGCCAAACAGCUGGUCCAGGAGGAGCUCCGCAAGGUCAAAGCCGCCAACAUCUCUUUUGAAAGUAAACUAAAGGAAUCUGAGUCCAGGAGCAGAGAGAUGGCGGAGCAGCUGGAGAGCCUGAAAAAAGACCUGGAGGAGAGCCGCUCCCGCUCCGACAAAGCAGGUCUGAAACUGCCGGAUUUCCAAGAUUCAAUUUUUGAGUACUUCAACACCUCACCUUUGGCACACGACCUGACGUUCAGAGACUCGGUCUCGUCCUCGUCUGCAUCCUCGCUGCUAGCGUUUUGGGAUGAAACCAGCUCCGUCAGCGAGAUCGACACCGCGCCCCAGAAGUCGGACUUCCCCUCUCCGUCCCCCUCCGUGAGCUCCGAGCAGGAUGAGCCAGUCCCCAAGCCCACGGCUGUCGCCCCUCCCACCCCCUCCCCAGUCUAUCAGACAUCGCUGCUGACUGCACCAAAGCCCAAAGCUCACCAGCUGAGCAUCAAGACCUUCUCCAGUCCCACACAAUGUACCCACUGUACUUCCCUAAUGGUGGGUCUGAUCCGUCAGGGCUACGCCUGCGAAGUGUGUUCCUUUAUCUGCCACGUAUCCUGUAAAGACAAUGCCCCCCUGGUCUGCCCCAUCCCCCCAGAGCAGGCCAAGAGGCCGCUGGGCAUCGACGUACAGAGGGGCAUCGGCACGGCCUACAAAGGCUUUGUCAGGAUCCCCAAGCCCACGGGGGUGAAGAAGGGCUGGCAGAGGGCGUACGCUGUGGUGUGUGACUGCAAGCUCUUCCUGUAUGAGGUCCCCGAGGGCAAGUCCACCCAGCCGGGGGUGGUGGCCAGUCAGGUCCUGGACCUCAGAGAUGAGGAGUUCUCUGUCAGCUCCGUGUUGGCCUCAGACGUCAUUCACGCCACCCGCAAAGACGUCCCCUGCAUCUUCAGGGUGACGUCCUCCUUGCUGAGCUCACCGGCACGCGCCGUCUCCCUGCUGGUCCUGGCCGAGAGCGAGACGGAGAAGCGGAAGUGGGUGGGCAUCCUGGAGGGUCUGCAGAGCAUCCUGGCCAAGAACCGCCUCAAGAACCGCGUGGUGCAUGCCCUCCACGAGGCCUACGACUCCUCGCUGCCCGCCAUCAAGACCACGCUGUCGGCCGCCAUCAUCGAUCGAGAGCGUAUAGCCCUGGGAACGGAGGAAGGCCUGUUCGUGGUGGAGGUCACCAGAGAUGUGAUCGUCAGGGCUGCCGACUGCAAGAAGGUGCACCAGAUCGAGCUGAUCCCCAGGGAGAAGAUGCUGGCCCUGCUGUGUGGACGAAACCGCCAUGUUCACCUGAACCCCUGGGGGGUGCUGGAGGGCGCUGAGGGGACCUUCGACAUCAAGCUGACUGAGACCAAGGGAUGUCAGGCGCUGACCACUGGGGUUCUCCGCCGGGGGGGGCCCGCCUGCCUCCUGGCCGCUGUCAAACGCCAGGUGCUGUGCUACGAGAUCACCCGAGCCAAGCCACACCACCGCAAGCUGUGGGAGGUCCAGGCCCCGGGCAUCGCCCAGUGGCUGGGCAUGGUGAGGGAGCGCCUCUGCGUGGGCUACCCGUCAGGCUUUGCCCUGCUGGCCCUCCAGGGGGAGUCGUCGCCCGUCAGCCUGGUGAGCCCCGGGGACCCGUCGCUGGCCUUCCUGGCCCAGCAGCCCCUGGACGCCCUGCACGCCCUGGAGGUGGGCGCGGCCGAGCUGCUGCUCUGCUUCAGCCAGCUGGGCAUCUACGUGGACCCCACGGGCCGGAGGAGCCGGGCCCAGGAGCUGAUGUGGCCCGCCACGCCGCUCGCCUGCAGCUCCAAUGCCUCCUACCUGACAGUCUACAGUGAAUAUGGGGUGGAUGUGUUUGACAUUCACACCACAGAGUGGGUGCAGACGAUUUCACUGAGGAAGAUAAGGCCUCUGAAUGUGGAGGGCAGUCUGAACCUGCUGGGCUGUGAACAGCCACGCCUCAUCUACUUCAGCAACAACUCCACAGAAGGUGACCUGGCCAUCCCCGAGACGUCUGACAACAGUAAGAAGCUGAUGGUGAGGACUCGAAGCAAGAGGAAGUUCCUCUUCAAGGUUCCUGAGGAGGAGAGGCUGCAGCAGAGGAGGGAGAUGCUGAGGGACCCCGAGCUGAGGUCCAAGAUGAUCUCCAACCCAAUCAACUUUAACCACGUGGCCCACAUGGGUCCCGGAGACGGCAUGCAGGUCCUCAUGGACCUUCCUCUGAGUGUGAUGCAUUCUUCUCAGGAUGACCCGACGAAAGACAAGCCACGCCCACUCUCCAGUAUCUCCCGGCAACAGAGGAGCAAGACCCACAUCACCCGCACAGCAUCUGGAGGUGCAGACUUUGGGGGAGCAGGAUCAUCUCGAAAUAUCUCGGACCCAGACGGGGACUUUGAGAGAGAGCCGGACUCUGACUCCACCAAACACUCUACCCCAUCCAACAGCUCCAACCCCAGUAGCCCGCCCAGCCCAAACUCACCCCAUCGCAGCCAGCUGACACUGGACGGCCUAGAGAACGCCCUGGACGGCUGAAGAGCCCCAUCACUCACACACACACACACACACACAUCCCUCCCUCCCUUACUCACAGAAACCUGACGUGUGCUUAAUCACCCAACAUACCUACAUUUGACGUAGAACUUGUGUAUCGCUGCAAGGUGCCAAGAUCAGACUGUGUCCCCCACAUUCCCACCCAGGUUCUCGUCUUGCCCCCCCCCCCCCUCUUCUUCCUCCUCUUUCCCCACACUUUGUCCCGGGACGGUUCACCAGGUACAUAAUGGCACUGCUGCUCCCUAGCACCCAACCCCCAUCACCCCCUUCUGUUACCCAGAGUCCCUAGCUCCACCUUACUUCCUGAUUGAACUCUGGUGGUGAUGUCAAAGGUCUCCGCCCCGUCAGCCUCGCUCGCUCUCUUCCUGCUGGCUCCGGCGUCUUGCAGGCCUGUCGUGAGCUUGGCUCUGUCAUGUGAGAAAAAUAUAUAUGAAAGAGAACAGGGGGGGAGGGAGACAGUGACGGGACCUGACUAAGCAUUUACGGAAGCCGGAGGUGGCAUUGGACGGACUGCCCCUGCGUGUGAAGAGCGUACCCCCUCUGAGGGCAAAGGGACCCCUUCUGAGGGUCAUCUGGUAUUUUUAGCGAACAGGGUAACAAGAAAUCAGUGUUGGAACAGCGCAGUAGAUUGUCCUCGUUUAGUUUCUCUUCAUUUAAGGCCAUUCGUUCUUAAGAGAUAUAAGGGGUUAAUGUUGCUUAGUUUAAGUUAUCAACACACUGUGCUGCGAUGGGAUGGAUUUGUGUGUUUUUUAUUAGCAGGAUUACUGAUCAUGAUGGAACUCUCAUAAAAAAAAAAAGAAAAACAUUAAUCAAAUUUAUAUGUAUGUGUUUGGACAAAAAAACGGAUAUAACUGGGAAGUUUAGCCCUAUUUGUUUUUUUUUUUUAAAGUGUAUAGUAUUUGGGAUUGAGGUGUGGCUCUCCACCCUACCCCCAUCCUCGCACGAGGAAACACGUGCAGAUUAUUUCCCGGGCCGCGUUGUCUGUGGCGUGGUGAACCCUUAUUGAGCUGCUCUGGAACCCUGGGUCUCUGUUGAUGGCAGUGGCUACGAGUUCCACAGCAUUUCCCGCCAGCCUUUGUAAUAAUACGCAUUGUUUUUAACUUAGAUCUUUUGCCAGAAAAUGUAUUGUUGGUGAAACCAAUGCGCCAUAGAAACAAGAAAAGGAAAAAAAAAGAAAAAAAAAAGGAUUCAUGAGACAAGACUUUCUCGAUAUGCUGUUUUAAUGUUUUAAGUUGAAACGUGGUGGGAAUCCAACCCCAGCUAUAAGUAUCACAUGACUCACAGGAUUAUUGAUACGAGUCCUUCACCAGAUGCUGCUGCUUUACUACGCUAAAUAAAAGUAUAAAGAAUCGAUGCGUGCGUGUGUGUGUGUCCGCGUGCGUGCAAAGACCUGCUCACCAUAGAGAACCCCUGUGGAAAAAGUCCUCACGUUUUGUAACCGUUCAAUCGUGAAAAGCGUGAGUUAGCGUUAGCAGUGGUGUACAGUAAUGUUGCCGUACUGCCAGAAGGGGGCGUGUCAAAUAGUUUCUUUUUCUUCCUUGAGGGACGUUUCAUUGUACAGAAGCGUAAAAUUACAGUACAGGCAUUUGCGGCAUAUCCAGAAUAAUCGCUCUAGUGUGCCUUCAGUGCCAUGUUUUUGUUUUACAGCACCACGUUCAGAGCAAUUGCUGAAGUGAUUUUAACUCUGCAGGCUAUCGAUGAGAGGGGUUUUCAGAAACACUGUAUUAAACUUGCACAUGUUUUAGUCCAAGGAAAAUCCUCUAUGAUUUUGUCCGUGAUCUUGUUUGUUUUAUUCAUUCCCCUUACUCUCCUAUUCCCAGACAUCUAUUCAGCUCUCUGAAGAUGGGGCUUUUUUCUCUCCACAGAACUCUACUGCUUUUUUUUUUUUCAAAAAAAAUCACCAGUUGAAAUCUUUGUAAUUAUUGAAUUGUUAGCCAGAACCAUUUGAACAGACAAUAAAAGAGUAUCUGUUGUGCUACA